AUGUUUCAGGUAAAGGACCAAACAUACUUCCUUUCACAUCUUUCACAGUCACAACUUGAAAGGCUUCUCUUUCCUCUUGGAUGCAUCCGUAAGGAAGAAGUUAGAGGGCUCGCCAGAAUCUUUGAAUUACCCAACCAAGAUAGGAAGGAUUCACAAGGAAUAUGCUUUCUAGGAAAGAUAAAGUUUAGUGAAUUUGUUGCCAGACAUAUUGGGGAGAAAGAAGGUGUGAUAUUAGAAGCUGAGACAGGAGACUUCCUAGGCACGCACAAAGGUUUUUGGUUCUAUACAAUCGGUCAACGUCAGGGAUUACGUCUUCCUGGUGGGCCGUGGUAUGUUGUGGAAAAAGAUGUGGAGAAUAAUGUGGUGUUUGUCUCGAGAAAUUAUUUUUCGGUUGACAAGAAAAGGCGCGUAUUUCGUGUUGGGUCUUUGAGGUGGCUAAACGGUGCUCCUCCAGGGCAGACCACUAAAAUCCAAUGCAAGGUUCGGCAUGGACCUGAUUUUUACACUUGUGAAUUAUCUUUAGAGGAAGUCGAUGCCAACGGCCACAAUAUUGGGGUUGUCAGAUUAUCGAAAGAUGAUCAAGGCCUGGCGGCUGGGCAGUUUGCCGCUUUCUACCAGGACUCGACCUGUCUCGGGUCUGGUGUGAUCUUAGAGUCCUGGGAUGAUCAAGGGUUUCCCAUUUGUGAUCGGGCCCUCAAGAUUGCUAAAAUCGAAGAUAAAUCGAAGCUCGGGAAGCCAGUCAAGAUUAAAGUGGUUGCAGAUAGUAGUAACACUGUGAAUCAAUAUUUUCCUCAGAUUCCUGAUCAUCUUCUUCCGAAGGUAGCAAUAGUUGGAAGGCCAAAUGUUGGUAAAUCAGCACUCUUUAAUCGUCUUGUUGGGGGCAACAAAGCCAUUGUGGUUGACGAACCAGGCGUUACCAGAGAUCGUUUGUAUGGCAGGUCAUUUUGGGGGGUCUAUGAGUUCAUGGUGGUGGAUACGGGAGGUGUACUUACAAUCUCGAAGUCUCAGAAUGACGUGAUGGAAGAACUUGCUAUAACGACAACCAUUGGCAUGGAAGGUAUUCCUCUGGCCUCGAGGGAGGCUGCUGUUGCAAGGAUGCCUUCCAUGAUCGAGAGGCAAGCUGCAAUUGCUGUGGAGGAAUCAUCUGUCAUCAUAUUUCUUGUCGAUGGCCAGGCAGGCCUAACUGCAGCAGAUGUUGAAAUAGGGGAUUGGCUUCGUAAGAACUAUUCACACAAAUGUACUGUUCUUGCAGUAAACAAAUGUGAAUCUCCUCGUAAAGGACUCAUGCAAGCAUCAGAGUUCUGGGCCUUAGGGUACUCACCCCUCCCAAUAUCUGCUAUAUCUGGGACUGGAACUGGGGAGCUUCUUGAUUCUGUCUGCUCACAAUUAAAAAGGAUAGAGGAGACAGAGAACACUAAUGUGGAAGAAUAUGUUCCGGCCAUAGCCAUAGUUGGCCGUCCAAAUGUGGGAAAGAGUAGUAUUCUGAAUGCAUUAGUUGGAGAGGACAGAACGAUUGUCAGUCCAAUCAGUGGAACUACUCGUGAUGCUAUAGAUACAGAAUUUACUGGGUCAGAUGGCCAGGUUGGCUUCUGUAUUCUCAUAGCUAGUGUUGUAUGGAUAGUUGAACAUAUCCUGUCAAAUUCCUGUAAAUCCCAAGCUCGGCUGGGUGUUAUUUACAAAAAUGGGUGGAUGGUUACACACUUAUUGAUGUUGUGUUUGAUGUCUUUUGUAAGUAGAAGAGAUGAUUUCAAGAUUGCUGAACGGAUAGAAAAAGAAGGGAAGGGUUGCCUGAUUGUUGUGAACAAAUGGGACACUAUCCCGAAUAAAAACCAGCAAACUACUAUGCACUAUGAGGACGACGUUAGAAGAAAGCUCCGAAUUCUAAACUGGGCACCUAUUGUGUACUCAACUGCAAUCAAAGGGCAUAACGUUGAGAAGAUCACUGUGGCUGCUGGUAUGGUUGAAAAGGAGAGAUCCAGGAGGUUAUCAACAGCGACACUGAACCAAGUUCUACGAGAAGCUGUUGCAUUCAAAUCACCUCCAAGAACUAGAGGCGGAAAAAGAGGCCGUGUUUAUUAUUGUACCCAGGCGGCUAUCAGACCACCCACGUUCGUGUUCUUUGUGAAUGAUUCUAAGCUUUUCCCUGAAACAUACCGGAGAUACAUGGAGAAGCAACUGAGAUCAAGUGCUGGGUUUACAGGCACGCCAAUUCGGCUUCUGUGGCGUAGCAGAAGAAAAUACGAAAAAGAUGACGGAAAGGAUCCUUCUGCAAGGACACAAGUUAAUUUAUCAGAAGUUGAAAGAAAGGUUAUGAUACCAGUGAAUUCAUGA